GUAUAUAUAUGCUAAUCUCUUGAAGUGUGUACAGUUAUGUAUAUUCAGCUUGCACAUGAAUUGAAGACGAAAUAUGCUCUGUCCCUUUGUGAACAUAUAUUAUAUCUGGUUCUCGGCACCAAAGAUGAUGAGAGAGAUAAUUUUGGACUUGAGGAAUUGACAAACCCCAUGACAAUUAAUCAGAAUGGGUUUCGUCUUUUUAUGGAACACUGAGUUUUUAGCAAUGUAUAUCACUGGUCGAUCGUCACAUAAGAGUUCUACAAGGUGGGAUGAUCAACAUGUAGUUCUUGCAUAAGUCCCUUCACCCAUACAACUUCACAAGUAAGUUGAGCAAGACCCCUAUACUCAGUUUAAGAUGAUGAACGAGAAAGAAAUUUCUAAUUCUUGAAUUUCCAAAUGAUCAUACAUUUACCCAAUGAAACAUCAUGUAGUCGAUCAUCUUGUAUCUAGGCAUGAAGCCCAAUCAAAAUCACUAAAAUCACGAAAAAAGAAGAUCAGACAUGGAUGAGUAGAACAAUUCUUGACCUGAAGCAUUCUUUAGGUACUUGAAAAUUUCGUAAGCAAGAUGCAUAUGGUAAAUCGUGAGAGUAUCUUCAUAUUGGCAUAAUUUUUGGACUACAAAUGUGAGAUCAUGACGUGUGUUGGUGAGGUAGUGAAUCAUCCAACAAUUUUCCUGAAAAAGAGACACAUCUUCCAACAAUGGUCCAUCAUUAGUAGAUAGUCUAGUUUUCAUGUCAAUGAGGGUGACAACUAGCUUGGUAUCUGCAUAUCCAUUAUCCUCCAAUACAUCAGUAUAGUACUACUUAUGGCCGAUAUGUAUAUCCCUUAUGAUCGAGCAUUCUCUAAUCCCAAGAAAUAAUGAAGCUUGUCAAGAUCAUGAAUAUUGAAUUGGGAAUGCAAGAAAUCUUUUAAAUCUGUCAUACCUAACAUUAUCACCAACAACGAUGAUGUCAUCUACAUAAACAAGUAGAAUAGAAAUACCAAAAGUUGCACUGUGAUGGAUAAACAUGGAGUUAUCAACAUUUGACUAAGUAUAACCAAAUCUAGGUAACGAAGAUGUGAGUUUGAAGAACCAUUGUCUGGAUGCAUGUUUCUGACCAUAGAGACUUCUUGAGGCGAAAGACAUGUCCAAAGUCAUAAAUACCAGGUGGUAAGUCCAUGUACACUUCUUCUUUAAGAUCUACAUGGAAAAACACAUUACUCAAAUCUAACUGAAAUUGUUUCCAGUUCUUGGUUGUAGCAAGAGCUAACAAGGUUUUGACAUAGUUAAACUUGGCAACCGAUGAAUAUGUGUCAAGAAAGUCAAUCCCAUAUAUUUGAGUAAAGCCAUUGGCUACAAGCCUAACUCUAUAUCGUUCUAUAGAUCCUUUGGGAUGAAACUUGAUAGUAUAACUCAUUUAUUACCUAUAGUCCUCUUCCCAGGAGAUUUCGAAACCCUCCCAUAGUCCCAUGUCUAAUUUGUUGUCAAUGCCUAAAGUUCAUUAUUCAUGGCGUUAUCUCAACAUUCCAGUUUUAUUGCUUCUUCAAAUGUAGUAGGAAUCACAUUUGUCUCAACUACAAAAUCAUACUUCUUGUAUCAUGGUGACAACGUGUCAUAUGAUAGGUAAGCAACCAUUGGAUAUUUUCACAGGUUUUACAAGUUGUUUUGGUGGUUUUCGAAGAGCAAUGGGAAGAGUGGAAGGAGAGGGAGUUUGGUGUACUACCAUUGAUGGUAAAGGGAUUGGAGAAGGGAUAAGUUGAGAAGAUAACUAGGUUGAAUUAGGUGAAUAAGGAGAGUUAUGUUAUGGAAUAUGUGUAGAUUUUAUGGGGUGUUUUAUGUAGUUUCAUGGGUCGGUGAAAAGACAUGCAAUGGAGAAAAGGAGUUAUGAUCUAGUGUGGCACCAAUAGAAGGAGAAGGAAGACAUAUAUGGUAUGAAGAGACACGAUGAACAAGUUUGAGAUCCAAAGAUCUGAAUAUGAGAAAGUAGACAACAUCGUUGCUUUGUUCACGGGUUGCAUAAUUCUCAUCAAGUGAAUGUGGAGUUGAAACUAAUCAACUAAUGAAACCUAACUCGUUCUCGCUCCUGAGAGCUACUCAAAUAGUUAAUUAUGCUCCAUGAAUCGUAAUUAACAGCGUUUGUCAGCUUGACAAGAAAACCCAGUCAUAGAUUAGGGUUUAUGCAGUAUGGGUGUGUGAAUGCGGAGGGGGCAAGUACGUGGUAGGAUUGCGGUUGAGGUAGAAGACAAGGUAGUCGCAUAUGUACGUAGUUGGAGACCGACGAGUUAAUUGAAGUAGCAACCAUCGUCGAUUAGGUAAAUGAGAGAGGAAGAACGCAUGUGAGGGCGUAAAAUCCUUGAAGUCUGAACUAGCUAGACUCUAAUACAAUAAGAAAUCUGCAAGAUUAUCAUAUUUGUGAGGAAACCUGCAAGGGGCUCUUUCUGUCUCGAGGACGUUCUGACUAAUUCUACUACUUCCUUCUUAGGAAAACGAUUUGAUUUGUACCAAGAGCUCUGACAAAAAAAUGUAUUUAGUUUAACUCACUCUAUAAAGAAUGAGAUAUAUUAUCACGGUAUUUGUACAUACUUACAGUCAACCCAUACAAGCUAUCACAAUUAUUUUACCACAAUAAGGAAAUUAAAUUCGAGACUGGACAAUUGACGACGGGCGACCAUUUGGAUUGCCUCAGCAUUGAAUUAGUUGGGUUAAUUUUGGUUUGGAUAGAGAGGAUUUAAUGCGGUCACUAGGUUUAUAAUUAAGUCAAAUUGGAAACCGUCGUUAACAUUUAAGCAUGGUCAAAACAGACUGCUUUGGUAUUUAUUUGCUGUUGGAAUUUGGAUUAAACGUUGCCAAAGAAGAGCUCUCUCUCUCUCUCUCUCUCUCUCGGGAUGAAGGCGUAGGUCAUAAGAAUUCAUCACAAGCUCCAAAAAUCGAACUCACUCAGGCACAGCAUAGGCCAAGCCGCCGCCGCCUGCAUGCCCAGAUUAAGCUUAUUUUUACUGGCGGCCAAUUAGAUUUAUAUACUAUGACAAUCUUAACGAAACUACAUAUACACGAUGAUGUUAGAUACACGAUUUGGUGAAACAUCUUCGAAACGUUUAACGAUUUUUCUAAAUAGUAGAUUGGCAUAUAACUUUACAUAUUAAGUUUAAAGAAAGUAGUAAUUUGAUUAGGUCCAUUUAGGGAUGGAAAAAAUAUUUGUAACUGUGGAUAUUCGUCCGAAUCCGACCCAAUUGGGUAGGGUAAAACCCGAACUCGAAGGACUUUUAGUGGGUACCCAAAUAUUGCAUGGGUGGACAUAGGUUUCUCACUAUCCAACCCGAACCCUCCCGAUUAUACACAUUCAUAUGUAUUUUGUCUAGAAAUAAUCAUUAUUUUUCUGUAACAUAUUUAAUAUUUAGCAUAUAAAUAUAGUAUUUUAGUGAAAUUGUGUUGUUUUAAUUAAUUUUCUUCAUUCUAGUGAAUUAUUGUUGUACUUUUCCUCUUACGUAAUGUGAGAAUACGCGUGAAUAUCAACAUAUUGGUUGGAGUUAUGAAGAGAAAUUAUUAUCCAUGGAUAACCGUGGAUACCCGAAUUCCGAACGGGUAUGGACAUGAUUUUAUUUUUCUACCCAUUUCUUAUGUGGAUAUGGGUAAAACCCAAACUACUUUGAGUAGGGUAACGAAUAUGCGCUAUCCGCCCCGACCCGAACCAUUACCAUCCCUUGUUCCAUUUAAAGAGCUGUUUAGCAUUAGUUGUCCUAAUCUCAUCCUAUUUCUUUUGCGUGUCCUCAAGUGUGAUACAUUUUUAAAAGCAUCAUUCCCUUCAAUUCUACUUUACUUUUCCAGUGUUAGCUCUUUUUUUUACCCCUAAGCCCCAAAUAAAGUAUGUAUUUAUAUUUUUAUAGUAAAUUAAGUAUUUAUUAAAUGCGUUGGAUUCUCCAUAUAUAUGGGAGAGAUAUAUUGCUUCAUCUUAUUGUGAUAUCUAAUAUCAAUAUAUCAAAUUCAAACACACUCGAAGUUUAUUGAAAGUAUUAAGAAAAAAAAAUACAAACACUCCUUAAUUAAUUACUAGUUUCCUAAUUAAUAUCGGAAUCGGGAUUGGUCUUUUUUGCUUUAUAUCCUUUCAGACUUCCUCUCCUUUCGUCUUCCUACUGUUAAGGCAAGUAGCAAAGUAAAGUAAAGCCGUAGCCCCUUCCAUUAAAUUCCAGUUCAAUCAAAAUUCCAAUUCCAGACCCCCAAUAAUAAUUAAAAAAAGGAGAAAUUUCCUCUCGAUCAUGAAGGCUCCUCCUCGCCUUCUUCCCCUUCUCCUUCCCGUCCCCGCCGCCAGCUCCCGCCUCUUCGAAACCACCACGCGCGGCCGCUGCGCCUUCCUCCUCCUCUGCCUCUUCCUCUUCGUCUCGCUCUCCAUCUUCCUCUCCCUCUCCCCAAACCAACUCCUCCUCCGCUCCUUCGACUACUCCCCCUCCGCCGCCGUUGCUCCCACCGUCGUCGCCGCCCGCCCCAACCUCUCCGCUUUCCCUUCCAACAGCGCCGUCCGGGAAUCGGCCGACCACCUCAAUAAAUCUUCGGUCCCGGAGGCUCGAGAGAAUUUGGAAUCCGUCUCCAUUUUGUUCCCCGACUGGGAGGUGGUCGUGAUUGGACCGGCGGGAAUUUCAGGGGAGGAGGAGGAAUCGGGAUUUCUGUGCGUUUAUCCGAACAAGGCGACUUCCCCGGCGAGGUUCUCGGGAAACUUGCGGGCCACGAAUCAGUCGAUUUUCACGUGCUGGAUGCCGGAGAAGUGCCGCCGGCGUCUGCAAUCGCCGGUGCUCGUCCGGAGGAAGAGUCCAGCAGAAGGGGGGAAAGAAGAAAAAUUGUCUUCUUCUUUUGCUACCAGGAAGACGACGAAACCGCUGCUGAGGUGGACAUUUCUGGCGUACGAGUCUUUGUCGACGGAGAGCGACGUCGUUUUGUUCGUCAAAGGCGUAAACAACAAGCAAGGAGUCAAUCGUCCAGCUCACGAGCUCAAGUGCGUGUUCGGCAAUCCCGAUGAUUCCGCGGUGAAAACCACCGCCGUGACGAGCUCCGAGCAGGAGGUUUUCCGGUGCGCUCACCCUGAUUUGACGGGGUAUGGUAAAAACGUGACGGAGGGCGUCAGACUCACGCUGGAGCUCCCCGACGGAGUUCGUGUCCCUUCGGUGGCGCACUACUCCCCCUGGCGGCGGAGCAGUGUCGUGGUGGGGGAAGCGAAGCUGCAAAUCUGCGCGGCGACGAUGGUGUACAACGCCGCCAAGUUCCUCAAGGAGUGGGUGAUUUACCACUCCGGAAUCGGCGUCGAGAAAUUCUUCCUCUACGACAACGGAAGCGACGACGGAUUGGGAAUCGUCGUCGGGGAGCUGAAUCGGGAAGGUUAUAGAGUGGAAACGGUGCCGUGGAUUUGGGCGAAGACGCAGGAGGCCGGAUUCUCCCACGCCGCGGUCUACGCGCGGGAAUCCUGCGAUUGGAUGAUGUACAUCGACGUCGACGAGUUCCUCUUCUCCCCGCGGUGGAACUCCGCCGCUCAGCCGUCGGAUCGCAUGCUCAAAUCCCUAAUUCCGCGGAAGAAAUCAGCGGGCCGGGUCGUCGGGCAGGUCACGAUUCGGUGCAACGAGUUCGGGCCUUCGGGUCGGGUCACCCACCCGCCCGACGGGGUGACCCAGGGGUACGACUGCCGGAGGAAAUUGGACAACCGGCACAAGUCGAUCGUGCUGCUGGAAGCGAUCGACGAUUCGCUGCUGAACGCCGUGCAUCACUUCCGAUUGCGCGGCGGCGGGGGAGGAGAAGGGGGGAAGUUGUUUAGGACGAAGCAGGUGGGAAUGGAGGCGGCGGUGGUGAACCAUUACAAGUACCAGGCGUGGUCGGAGUUCAGGGCGAAGUUCCGGCGGAGGGUGUCGGCGUACGUGGUCGAUUGGAGGAGGGCGGUGAAUCCGGCGUCCAAGGAUCGGGCCCCCGGACUGGGGUUCGAGCCGGUGAAGCCGGGGGAUUGGGAGCGGCGGUUCUGCGAGGUGAGGGACGAUCGGCUGAAGUCGCUGGUGCGGCGGUGGUACGGCGGCCUCACUGCGGAAGGAGGAGGAGGGUAUAGAAUGGCGUGGCAGAGGUGAAACUAAAAGAAAAGGACUCGAUUGGCCGGGAGUUAAUUUGUGAAGGACUAGAAAGUAAUUAGGUGAAAAGGGUUUGGCGGGGAGUAAUUUGUAAAAAAAAACAAAAACAAAAACUGAUUUUGGCCAUGGGCUGAUAUUUAGUUAAGUUUAGCAGACUGAGCUAACCUCAAUUACUCAUAUACUAUAACUAUAUACAUUACAACGUUGUAGUUCCUGUUGAUGGUAGUGAAUAUAUAGUUUCCCUUGCAUGAGGAAGGAGGAGUUACCAGAAUCGAAUCCAAGGCCAGUUGAUCAAUGAUCGUGAGUUUGAUUGUUUUAUCGUUGCGAUAUUGUCAAGUAUUGAUAAACAUAUGGUUUUCCAUCAUUGAACUCAUAGGUAAGUCAGUGCUCAUAGAUAGCAUUAUCCUCAUUUUCAGUUUAGAUUUUAGUUUAAUGUUACAAAUAGGGUUAAUAGUAUUUUGUACCCCUCUACUAUUACAAAUUAACAAACCUACCCCUCUAUUAAAUUUUUGCACAAACAUACCCUUCUAGUAUUAAAAUGUAACAAACAUACCCCUCUGUCUAAUUUUCUGUUAAUGUACCGUUAAGUAGACUAAAAAAUUACCCAAAUACCCUCAUUUAUUUUUAUUUUUAUUUUUAUUUUUCUAUCAUUUUUAUCACAAGUCAAAGCCUAAUUAAAAUUGAAAUCUACCCUGAAAUCCAUAUCAUUCUCUUCCACCUAGGAACCUGUCGUCUUCCUCAACAACCCGCAACCGUCGAAGACUGCCCACACUCCGGCGCGCCUGCUUAAUUGCCCUCGGCAGCGGCUGCACCGUGCUUUUCCUCGCCGGCGGUUGGAUGGCUGGAGCUAAAACCAUCCAGCUUUCUCCAGGAGUCGACUCCUGCAGCUUCUUCUCCCUCCAUUUUACCUUUUAUUAAACCACAACGAAAGAUUACCCUUGCGAAAAGCCACCAAGAUAUAUAUUGAGGUUUUCAAAACAGUAAAUCAAGCAAACAGUGAAUACGGAAAAAGAUUACAGAGUUACAGAAUCAGUAAGCAAAUUCAAUUUCAUACAUCAAUAGUAAGUGGUGAGCACAAGCAACCAAUUUACAAAAUGGAUUUUCAACACAAAAAUAAUGUUCUCAUUAGCUCUACCGUCGCAGAGGGGUAGCAGAAGUCUCUGGCAGCGGACUCGUCGAGUCUCACCCCUACCAAACGAUCACCCACUGCUUUUCGUCGCUUUCCAGCGUCGUGUAUUCGCCGCCCGCUGAAGCCUGCUCCAGCUGCUGUCGAGGACAAGCUGGGUGCUGCCUGGUUGAUUGGCGUGAAACUCUCUACGUCGACGGCGGCGGAUGACUGAGGAAUACCGAAGGGUUCUGUCGAACAUAAUGGUGAUAGGUUUUAGGGUUUGUUUUAAUUUUUAAUUGAGCUCUGACUUGUAAUAAAAAAUUAUAAAAAAU